UGGGCCCAUGUGUUGUUUGUGUACAAAAAAAACCGCUAGGCUUGGUCAAAACAACUUACUGAUUGCAACCUAUUAAGUGCACUAUACAAUUAUUAAUCUAUUAGAAAAGAUUAAAAUUUUAUAAGAAACUUUGUGCAAUUUGGUGUAUUGAUUCGAUGGGGGUUGUUCAGAGGCGGUUACUACUAGGUUGUGGUGAUGUAACAAGAUUUUGCAGGACUCGAACAACAUCACAGCAUUCUCGAAAUUUAUUCCAGGAGAGGAGCUUGCAGUGUUGCAAUCUACACAACAGACGAUUAUUAAAUGAAAUGAAUUAUAAGAAUUAUUUUCAAUUGAUGAAAAAUAUGCAUGCUAGGAUCUUAAAACCAGAUUUAAAUGUAAUUUUACGAAAACGGUGGCAGCAUGGAGGAUCAUCAAGCGAACAUACAAUGAACGUAUUUGACCGCAAAACAAAACAAAUGCAACGAGACCGAGCUGCGAUGGCAGACAACGUCGACGUGUAUGAUUACUUAAAAGAUGAGGUUGCUUAUAGAUUAGUAGACAGAUUACGUGAUGUCACAAGGAAGUUUGAUGUUGCUCUUGAUUUAAGUUGUGGACGUGGACACCUAGCAAAAUAUUUAAAUGAGGAACUUGUCAGUACACUCUACCAGUGUGAAUUUUCAGAGAAAAUGCUUAAUCAGAGUCAUACCUGUGAAGAUGUGGAAACUAUUAAGGUUCAAGCAGAUGAAGAGUUUAUACCAUUUCAGGAGAAUUCUUUGGAUUUAGUGCUAAGUAGUCUCAGUUUGCAUUGGAUCAACGAUCUACCCGGAACGCUUCAUCAGAUUCACAAUUGCUUAAAGAAUGAUGGUGCUUUCAUUGGAGUGAUGUUUGGGGGCGACACACUCUUUGAACUAAGAUGUUCAUUACAGUUAGCUGAACUUGAGCGAGAAGGAGGUUUUGCGCCGCACGUGUCGCCAUUCACUGACAUACGUGAUCUUGGCAGCCUGUUGAACCGUGCAGGGUUUACCUUGCUAACAGUGGAUGUUGAUGAAAUCAAAGUGAAUUACCCAUCAAUGUUUGAGGUCAUGUCGGACUUGAAAGGCAUGGCAGAAAGCAAUGCAUCUUGGUCUAGGAAACUUAUACUCCAUCGAGACACAUUAGCAGCAGCUUCAGCUAUCUACAAAGAAAUGUACGGUAACGAUGAUGGAACAGUACCUGCUACCUUUGAACUCUAUUUUAUGAUUGGUUGGAAGCCAGACCAAUCACAGGCUAAGCCAGCUAGCAGAGGCUCAGCAAAAAUGUCUUUAAAAGAUAUUGGAAACUUGCAAUCAAAGAAAGGUAAACAAGAUAAAACCGCUGAAUGACACAAGAUACCUGAAGAGGCUUUGGGAUGAAUAGAAUGUAACAGGCCUUGAAACGACUCCAAUUACCAAAGCAUUGUGAUAAUAACAUUUAUUGAUAAUCAUCUAACCAAUCAUUUGAACUUAAUUCAACUAAACUAAAACCAAAUAUUUGAUAAUAUUGUAAUUUUUUUGGUACAUUUGCAUUUGUUUUGGUUUUUUUUUCUUCUCUGUUGUUGUUAAGCGCCUCGAGGUUGUGUCAACGUGAGGCGCUAUAUAAAUCCAUAAAUAUUAUUAUUAUUAUCAUAAGAGACCAGUGGCUACACCAGUGCGGUGGCAGGGAGAUUAUGCCCCGUUCCUCCUGUUGGCAGGCUGUUGGACUUGAUUUGUUUGAUCAAAAAUGGGGGAAAUUUGGGAAUAAUGUGCUAACACUUAUAUUUGCCCCUGGUCUCCACCAGGUCCCCUGUCGGAUAGAUUAUCCCCCUCAUCGGGCAAAUCCUGGUGGCGCCACUGGAGAAAACUCAUAAGAAUAGGUGCUUAAACGUACAUUCAGCUAUCAACAACCAAGCACCAUUGAUGAAAGAGCACACCCACCUAGCAAAAACCAAGCACCAAGAAUUGAAUAGUAAACCUACCUACUGACAGCAAAGCAUUAGAAAUCUUUACUAACAAGAAAGCAUCGAGAGUGUUAGUACAUUAUCGUAAUGUUCCAUUAAGUACUGCGGUGCUUUUAAACUUUUUUAAAGCUUUUAGUGUGGCACUUAUUUGAGAGUGAUACUCAUUUGAAAGUGGCGCUUAUUACACAUUAUUUUUGUGCCGGUACCAUGUAUUGUACAUCAGCUAAUUUGACUUGUUGCAACGUUAGUAUUGUUUAAUCCAUAAAACUUGAUUUACAUGUGUUUGAUAGUGUCUCGAUGAUAAGAAACAUCAAUCAUUUUGACAGUGGCGUAAAAUCUAUGAGCUCUCACUUUCUAAAGCCAGGAGCCCACUUAAAGGGCCCCGGGAAGUUCAUCAAUAUUUUUUUUUUUGCUGCAUAUCGGCUUAGCGGAGCAGGGCUUUUUCUGGAACUAAAUGUGUUUUAGGAAAAAAAAGAAGAAAAGCAAGACCUUAAAAUGCCGAAAGUGGUGGGCUUUGCCCCGUACCAAAAGUCUCUACUUGGAUCCCAAGGCUCCACCUGGACCCAGUUACCAAUUUACUAGGGCCUGAAGAAUUUUUAGCCAGGGGCCUUGCACUUUUUUGUUAUUCCACUGACUCUUGAUUAAGUGCAACAACAUUCAUUUUAAACUAGAACAUUCUCUCAUAAACACUGUUGCGCUUAUAGAAAUGCUGUGCUUAGCGAAAGAAAUCAUGUUUGGUGUGGUACUUAAUUCAAGAGCAAAGCUUAUUUUUGAGAGAGCAGUUUAUUGGAUCAUUGAUGGUAAACUACUAACAAUGAAGUACCAGGAUUGUUGCUUUACUUAAAAUAUUUCAUAGUAAUUAGACUGUCAAUCUUAUCAUUCUACCUAUAUCAGGAUGCUGUGGAGUUGCUAUUUUAUACUUGGUGUAGUUGGUAGUUUAAUUUUAUUUUAUGCAUUUUUCUGAGUAAAGGAUGGAACAUAAUAUGCACUGAGAGAUAGUUUGGUCUAAUUGAAUUUAUUCCUUCAACAAUACUUAUUAUUAUAAUGGUAACAAACAAUUACAAAUUUGAAAGAAAACAUUUGAUUAAAUAUAUUGUUUAUGAAGGUCAGAUCAGUAAUAUAUAGAAAUUAAAACUAGAAAAAAAACCUUGACUCAUGGACUCAAAUUCAAAACAGUGUCUCAGAAUCUUGUUAAAAUCAUAAUUAAAAGUAUUGAGCUACAAAUCAGUAUCAUAAUUUAAUUAAAAAAAAUACUGUAAUGAAUUGAAUGAUCUAUAUGACGAAAAUAUGAGGGGUUGGUGGAGUGAAGUUCAUCACACUUUUAUAUUUUUGUGAAAGUUAAACUGAUUAAAGUUAACAAAAUUAUGUAA